CGCUCCUCUUUGUGUGCAAGCCGGAGAGUUGACCUUUCUUCCUGCUGCCAGACUUCGCUUGCUGUGCCCGUCUGCGGCAUUUCCCCCUGCCCUUUCUUUGUGCAAGCAGGCGGCGGCGGCGGCGGUGGUGGGAGGGGCCUUUGCCAGCCUUCCUGUUUCUAGCGCCUCGCAGCCUUCCAACCACAUACCUUAUUCUUACACCAUUGACCUGAAGAGAACCUCCAUAGAGGGAAAGGCCUUUCUGGAAUCAAGAUCAAACAAGAGAAGGCAAAGAUGUGGACUGCAGUUGCUAAAUACUUGUUAAGGACCAAAGUCCAUCAAGACUUUUCUCGAACUCUGCUGCAAGCACAAAAGGGCAAGCACAGUCAUCGAAAGCAUUUCUCUCUGAGCAGGAGGCCUUGGCAACAUUCAUCUGCAACAGCAGAGGCGGUUCAGGCCUUCAGCAUGAGCACAGCCAUCCAGAAAGUGGAAGCUCUGGAGGCAAAUCAAUUUAUCUGUGUUCACUGGGAAGAUGGGAGUGAGAGCCUUUACCCUUCUGUGUGGCUACGAGACAAUUGCCAGUGCCCUGACUGUUUCUUGCACUCUGCUAAAGCACGCAAACUGCUUCUUGAAAAACUGGAUGUCAAUAUUGGGGCGAAGAAUGUCACUUUGACAGAAAGGAAAAAGGUAUAUAUUAUAUGGCCAGAUGACCACACCAGUGAAUUUGAGGCUGAAUGGUUGAAGAAGAGAUGCUUUUCUGAACAAGCAAGAGCAAAACUACAAGAAGAAUUAUUUUUAUCAGAACGUCAGUACUGGGGUUCUGAUCUUCAGCUCCCAACUAUGGCCUUUGAAGAGGUGUUGCUCAGUGAUGAAGGUGCAUACAAGUGGCUGGUCACCCUUAAAAAAUUGGGAAUUGUGCUGCUAACAGGAGCUGCUAGUAGACAGGGAGAACUGCUUAAACUUGGGCAACGUAUUGGAUUCCUUCGUCUCACGUUUUAUGGGCCAACUUGGCAAGUACAAGAUAAAGCAGAUGCGAACAAUGUGGCUUACACAACUGAGAAGCUAAGUUUUCACACCGAUUACCCUGUUCUGCAAUUUCCACCUGGGAUUCAGUUACUGCAUUGUAUAAAACAAACUCCUUCUGGAGGGGAAAGUGAAGUUGUGGACGGUUUUCACGUGGCAAACAAGCUCAAGGAGCAAAACCCUCAAGCCUUCCGAAUCCUGACGUCCACCUUUGUAGACUUCACAGAUGUUGGGGUCGACUACUGUGAUUUCUCCAUGCAGUCCAAGCAAAGGAUUAUAGAUGUAGAUGAAAAAGGCCAAGUGGUUCGUAUCAACUUUAAUAACGCCACCAGAGACACAAUAUUUGACAUACCUGCUGAAGACGUAAAGCCAUUUUAUGCUGCUCUCAAGGACUACGUUGAUCUGUUAAACAGUGAGGAUAAUAAAUAUACCUACAAAAUGAAACCAGGUGAAAUAGUGGUAUUUGACAAUUGGCGUUUACUUCAUGGUCGGCAGAGUUACCAGGCAGGAAAAGAAAUAUCCCGCCAUCUUGAAGGGGCCUACGCAGACUGGGAUGUGGUAAUGUCAAGGCUCCGAAUCCUGCAGAAGAACGUCUUGAGCAGAAAGUAACUUUUUAAAGUUGGACUACUGGGGGCCUUCAUCCUGCGGAGGAAUUGGAUGGUCCUUUCCCAAAGGCAAAUAGAUCCGAUAUGUUUCCAGUGAGUUCAGGGAAUUCCUGGCUGACAUAGCUCUAUCUAUCUUGUUAAAACCCUGGUUGAUCUCUGGAGCAAAAAUUAACGGAGCAAUCCUGUGAUCCCGGGGACGGUUUCCCAGGGACCAUAGGAUAUGGUGGAUUCUACCACCAGCCUAUGCCAUCAUUCUUCUCCUUUAGAUAGAUGGAGAGUCUAUCUAGUAUCAAUCCUGUUUGAUUGUGCUCUGGUGUAGGUAGUUAGCACGUAGAUGUGCUGUGCCUCUGACUGGAGUCUGGGCCACUCCUUGGAUUUUCAGAAAGUUGUGGGCAGUGAAAUUGCUGCUGGUCUUCUGUUUCAGCAGACUUUUCGAAGGUCAUUGCUUUCUCUUGGCUUUGUUUACUUAUGCUUUUACAAAUAUUUUAUUGAUUUGUUUUUAAUGUUUUUUCUAGGGGUUGUUUUAGAUAUGAUUGUAAGCUGUCAUAUGGGCAGAAAGAUGGAGUAAGAAUCAUGAUAAUAAAAAUGUCAACAACU